AAGCAUCGAACGGAAGUAGAGUUGUUCUAGCGGAUUUGUAGCAACACUCUGUUUACGUGCACCGGAAUCAAGCCUUCUGGCGUUACAUUAAGAAGAUUUUUCGUUGUGCAUCAAUGUAUAUGUGUCACUAGUGUUGUACAGUCUUCUGCACAAUCCUCUGACUGUGGCGCUCAGAUGUCAUAAGGAAUGAACUAGAAAUUAAAACUGUCUUCGAAUUAGCGCCCAUCAGACUGGAAAGCAAUUGAAGUGGAUGCAAAUCAUGUCGGUUUUUCGACAUAAUUUUCUCCUAGUUGCUUUGCUUCAAGCAUGGAUCGGUACUACACUUGUUUCUUCCCAGCAAAGAUGCCUUGGUGGAUUUGAUAUCUACUUCAUUUUAGACAAGUAAGUUGUGUUGACAGCCUGGUAUGUGAUUGUCUGGCGCACGCAUAUUAAGAGUAUGGCGCACGCAUUUCAAGUUUGAUUCAAAAUAUCUAGUUUCAUAUGAACAAAUCAUCAUUUAUGAAGCCCUCCUUUUGUAGAUAAAUCCUUCUGUCGUGGUCACAGUUAAGAGAUUAUUAUAGAUGUACUUCUUUGACUUAUGUGGUCACAAGUGUGCUUUUAUAUUAAUUGGGUUUCACCAAAGAGCCUAUAGAAACGCAAACGAAGCAAAAUAUCAACGCAUAUUAUAUGUUAAACCAUCGAUUGAGGUGUAUACAUAUACAUGUAACAACCCAUACGAAGGAUUCAAAAUUCUAUCCAGAGUCCUCUUUUGUACUCCAAGACUUUAUUUUCAUGUCAGUAAUAUUCUUUGUGCAUACUGAAAGCCCGAAGUCAAGAUUCUUAUAACCUGAAUGUGGAUAGGAUGGAGAUUGACAGUGCUUCCAGCUUAAGAGGAAUAGACAUCUCUUCAUUUGGGUGUGACCAGCAGAUUAUAAGCUGUUGCAGUUGGAUUGGGUUUUAGUCAUUUGAAACAAUUAAAAUGCAGGGCCCAGUUGUUUGAAGGCCGUUUAGCGCUAAUCCAAGGUUAAAUUUCAAUCUGGGUUUCUUUAUUCCUUAAUUCAAAAGCUUUUUUGGGAUAAUUUCCUGUCUUAUUUUUAGAGCAUCAAAUAAUCAUAUUCUAGACAAAAAGAAUUCGAUUGAAUUUUCUUUUAAAGCUAUCAGAUUUCACACUAACCCUGGGUUAUCUUAACCCAGCUUUGAACAACACAACCUAGGUUAACAACUGCAUUGCUAAGUGGAGGUUGGGUGCUUAAGACACCCAGGAGCUUCCAUUAUUGGCAGCCAGCUCCUAGAUGGAGACUGCUCCCAUAGCUGGCAAAUCCUGGCAACACAGCUGGGAGCCCCCAUGCAAGAAAGGGAAACAGGCACCCGUCACACUUAAUAAACAGUGGAAAGAGGGAGGAAAGGGGGUAGGAAAACUAGCUGGAUGAUGAGCUGCCUUUCCAAACAAUGCUGCAAGUUCAUGCUCAAACAAAGCACAUACAAGAAUGCUUCAAAUAAAGAGCUCAUGGAAAUCCAACACACGCACAUAUGCAAAAACCACUGACUACUAGAUAAUGCUGAUGCUCUUUGAUGUUAACUCUGUUAAAUUGCAUUUAACUGCAUUAAAUUAAUGACAGACUGAAAUGUGCCUCAUUCCCAAGGUGUGGCUGAUGUAGUUCAGAAGGUGGUUAAGCGCCCAGAUAUUAUCUGGAUUAUCUGGGAGGCAGAGGUUCAAAUACCACUGAAGUCUGAAUUUUUUCAGGCUUCUUCUCUGCAAUUAUUUAAACUGCAGCACAGUUGUGAAGAUCAUGGCCUAACUUGUGUUUCAUUUUUUCUUGAUUGUAGGUCAGGCAGUGUUAUUAAAACCUAUUUUCAGCGUCAAACUGUGGACUUUGUACAAAAGACAGUGGAGAAUUUUGUUGGGUAAGUGGCAGCUAAAAACUUGAUUUGAUUUUCUGAAGGGAAGAAUUAAAAGGAUGUUUAAUGUUUCAAUGAUAACAAAAACUAUAAUAGACCAAUGCUAUCUAAUCUUAUUUUUCAUUUUCAGAAAGGGUGUUAGGUUCUCCUUCAUUACAUUCUCUUCAGACAUAGCGACAGAAACAAUUUUGAAAUUAACUGGUGACAGGUAUAUAUGAUCAUCCUUAAUUGCUGGGACUGUUAUUAGUAAUGUACCAGUGUAUAUUGUCUUUUGAAUGUUUUUUCUUGCCCAUUGAUAUUUAUAGUAGUAACUUCCAUGCUAAUUACUGGUGGGAUUGAAGCCUUUAACUCCUAGUAUCUGACUGUUAAUUCUCCCCUCUAUAGAAUAUUGUGCAAAAGUGAAAAGAACACAAGUGAAAUGUGCAAAUUUUGUUAUUUGUUCUUGUGAACUUUCAUUGAAAUUUUGUGCAAAGGUUCAAAUGACAAUUUGAGGCUUUUUGAGCAAAAGUUCCAUUGAACAAAGAGUGCUAUUUUGUCAAAUUUUUGCAGAGUCUCGACCACAAGUGGGGUUUAAAGUUUAAAGUAGGAAAUAGUGCCAAGUUCAAGUUUCACUUUCCUGGAGUGUUUGUGUGGUUGUUUGUUAUUUAUAAGACUUAACACCUGACUGUUCAGAUCACAUCAACAAUCAAACAUUUAUAUUGACAGAGGUUUCAUCAGGAAGGAGUGAUAGAAUAGUUAAUUGAGUGGAUGAAACUGAUUUCAAAUAUUUCUGCAUUGCAUUACAACAACACAUGGGCUACAUUUCGUUCUCAUAACCAGUCAGAGUAAUUUUCUCUCCAAAUUUUGCACUGAACUUUUGAGAAGAGCAAACUUUCCCUCUUGAGUUUGCAACUCAUUAUUGUCCAUGGCAAAAUAUCGUUUGUAAUUUUGGUGUACUCAAACAAUAGGUGCCACAAAAGUUUGUGGAAAGUUCAUGGAAAUUUUGUUUGGAGGAAAAUUUCUUCGGAAAACAAAGAAAAGCCAGGAAAUUUGUCAAACCUCAUUUGCGUUUUUUUUUACACAAUACUGUAUGUGCUACACAUUUCUUUAUAAAUAAGUUAUGAGAAUUUGGGAUUUAGCAGAGGACAGCAAAUUCUACCUGAUAAGUAUGAAUAUUCUUAUUUCCUAUGUGCUGGGUAAUCUAUGGACUGUUACAGGGAGAAGUUACAUGUCAAUCACUUCUGGGAGUUACAAGGUGAAAGAGAUACAGAUUAAAAUUGAAAAAUGAAGUUAAUUACCCACAACAACUUCUAAAGAUAAAUAUAACUGUCGAUACUAUUUUGUAACAAAAUUAUUUUUCAUGUGUUACAUAUUUUGUAUGCUUUUAUUCAAAGAUCCAAAAUCAGGGAAGGCCUAAAUGAAUUAAGAAAAGUGAAACCAGGUGGAGAUACAUACCUGGGGAAACCUCUCAGUAUGGUAUGUACAUGUACCUAUAGUCAUCAAAUUAAUUUUGUGAAUGUAAUUUGUUGCAUUUAUUUACACUGUUAAGAGUGCUGCUGAUUAAAAUACAUAUUGUGUUUUGCCUAGUUGGAUGGAAAAUCCAUGAGUAAACAACUGAGGUGAAAUUUUUAUGGCUGUUGAUUAUAUGAUUGCAGUAACUUCAAAUCACCUGACCUUUUAUCACGCGUAGAUUAUUGUGGUCGUUAUCCCAAAAAAUACAAUUAUUCAAUAUGCACAUAUGAGUCAUUGUGAUUGAUUUUUUCCUCUACCUAGGGUAGCUCUGUCCCCAACAUAUUUUGUCCUGAUUAAAAACCAAGUGUUUCAAUUACUUUAAUUAAUCUAUGGCCAUUUGCAAAUUAUGGUUGAAGAGUUAAACUCAAUCACAAAUCUUGUCAAGCCUCCCUCAUAAAAUCCAGUGGGUAGAUUUAUUGUUAUUAGCUUCCUAAUGUUUAGUUUACUUUCAGGGAAUAAAUAGAUCCUUAUCACAUAAUUUAUAUGAAUAAGAUUAGAUGCUUCAGUACAAUAUUGUCUUUGAAUAUUGUUGACAUCAGUAGUACAAAUACAUGUAGGUUCAUCUACAUAGUCAACCAAUUUUUAUGAGAGUCACAUGAAACAGCCUUGUUUAUAUUUUUUGGAUUUUUCUCUUUUUCCUUUUAACAGGCAAAUAGUCAAGUUGCGACUCAGUUAGGUGAGUCCAAAAAGGAACUUGAAAAGAGAAGGUUUUCAAAGUUGCCUCAUGGCCACCUUAAUUUAUAAAAUGAUCGAAAAGAAAUUUAGUUUCAAUUAGUCCCAUGCAGUAAUCCCCUGUCCCCCUUCCUCCAAGAUAAAAAAAUGAAAUGGAAAUUUUUCACAAUAUUAUUAAUUUAUAUUACAUGCAUAUGGUUCACUGUUACAAUCAGAUAAUGAAACUCAAAUAGACAAAAAAAAAACCAAUAACAACAAAAAAAGAUUUAUGUGUACUUGGUUAAUAAAAAUCAUUACUUAAAAAAUGUAAUAAUUAUUGUCUGUAAAUGCUUUUAAAGUGGUGAGUAUACACUGACUUAUGGGUUAUUAUUGAUUGGAUUGUUAUGUAUUUUAAAUUCAAAACAUUCCUGAGAGCAUGUUUGUGACCAUCAUUAAAUACUCAGGCAAUUACAUUAUUUUACAUAUUCACUGUUAAUGAGAUAUACAUGUGUAGUUUCCUUGAUUUGCCUAUUAGUUCCUUAGCCCAGUUGGUGCUACUAGUGCACAAUAUGAUAUUUUGUUCUUAUAGCAGUUGUAAAUGUUUUCUUCACUGAAUACCUUAAUAUAAUUACAGGACAGCAGUCAGCAUUUAGUAUCUAUAUCAUUCUGACUGAUGGGAAAAUAGAUGAUAUUGGUAGAGCUAACGAAGAGGUUGGUGAAUUUCAUUAUCGUGCCUCUCUCACCCUUUAAAAAACUUCAGUUAAUACUUACCUUUUAGAAAAAUUUUGUAAAUUCAACAAUCGACUGAUGUUAAUAAUAAUCAUAACAACUUUCCAAGGAAAUCAUCAGGAGUUUUAGAAUUGAGUGAAAAAGUGUUCAAUUACCGGUACUAUCUUAAUUGAUGCAGUAUCUAUUUUAAUCAAAUUUAAUCCCAAUAAGGGAUCAACGCAUUUUCUUUGUAUAAUAUGGCUUUAAAAAGCCCUGCAGGGGAUUAUUCAUUCUUGAUUUAAAAUGUGAUCAUCUUUUGUAAUUGCUAUUAUUUGUAGGCUAAGAAGGCCAAAAAAGCUGGAACAAUAAUCUAUGUCAUUGGAGUUGCAUUAUUUGAUGAAUCACAGGUAACAGAUAUUUUCACAAUUAACUGGUAACUGAUGAAACGAUUUAAAAAUGUUGAUAGUUGAAAUCACUCUAAGGUGGUUAUUUACUUAAUUAUUUCUCAAGGAUGAACUUGGUUUAAUCAACCCUUUCACUCCUUGGAUCUCAUUUAUUUAUUAAUUCUUGUUACUGCCUGCAAUAUAAUUCUUAUGUCAGUGUGGAGUGUUUGAUAAUGGAUCAGCUAAUAAUCCCCUAAUUGAUAUUUUUCUUUAUUCUCAUCACUUAUCUGCGUGAUAUUGUAUUGAUAUUGUAAGGAGAAAUUCUUUCUUGGUCACUCAUGGGAGUUAAAAGGUUAAGGUAUUCUAUUACUGGAGAAUAUAGAAAGACUCCCAUGUUUAUUGAGUAACAUCUUUAUUAAAUGGCCCUUAAUCACUUUCUAUAUAGACUUUCAUACUGUCUAGUUGCACAGGCAUGAGCAGACACUGUCCUAUUGCACUGGCUUAUUACAAACAUGAUGUGCACACAGCCCUUGUAGUGCUCAAAAUUUGGCUGGGUAUAACCGAUCACAUGCAAUAAUUUUUUUAAGAGUUGAUUAUUGUAAUAAAUUACAAUAAUAGCUCUAUUGUUCUAGCUGACAGUUCUUUGUUACUUAUCAUUGACAAUACAGGAGCUUCAUAAGUUACAUGUGUGUGAUAUUACAUUUGGUUAGUCUUCAUGUAUGGUAUAAUGCCCAUUGCAGCUCAAGCUUUUGGCAAACAAGCCCCCAGAGGAUUUUGUUUUCACAGAAUCAGGCUAUCAGGCCCUACAAAAUUUAACAAGUGAUGUAAGUGUUAACUUUGUUUUUUUAAACAGGGGAGAAUUAACAGUACUUUAUAAAUUAAUCUUUGUGUGUCUUGGUUGUAAAAUUUAAAAUUUUGUAUAUUGUCAGUAAAAAAUCCCCAGUGGGAGAUAUGUUGUAUUUAAAAAGGCAGGUUGUAAGGAGUAAGAAAAUUGUUGUGAUUUCUUAUUGUACUGAAUAAUAACAAUAAGUUUAUUUAUUUGUAUUGUUUGUUCAAAGAUUUCUAACCGGACAUGUGUUGAAAUUACUGCUGUUUCCCCAAAACAGGCCUGUUUAGGAGGUAAAUAUGCCUGAUUCAUAUUUUCAUCAGAUUUAAUUGGUUUUGUCAGAACUCUACUGCUUUGAUUAUUUAAGGCAAGUCACAUGAGUUAGUUUCAUAUUCUAUUUUUGAUAUGUUUUUGUGAUAAAGUGAGAUAAUGGUGGGCUAGAUAAAUAUUUUGACUCAGUCAUUGCAUUGCUUUUCUUAAACUUUUUGGCUGGCUUUCUAAUCACUUGUAGUAACAAGUGGCAUCAUUGUGGUUUCACUGAUUAGCUUAAAACAAAUCAAAAUAAAAACAUUGUCUGAAAUGUUUACAACUAUUUUGUUUCACCAUUAUCCAGGAAAACUUUUUGUUUCAGGGUCUUUUUAUUUUCAAGUUCUUUUUUUAUGGAAAUUUUUAUGAAUAUGUUUCAUAAAUUUCUGUGCAAUUUAUGCAGAGCACAACACUGUUACAAUGUAUGGGCGUGGCUUUGAGAAGUUUGAUUCUGCAGAGUCUCAUUCUGUGAGGUGUGGCUUCAAUUUUAAUGCCACCUAUCGUCAAGGUAUGUUGAACAAUGUUAUGAUGUGAAACUGUGAAAUGAUGAAAAGGUUAUAGAUAUGGAGGAGCAAAAACUUUUGAAAAAGAGGUGAUAUUUGGGUUUUGUUGUGGUGCUUUUGUUCACUAUUUUAGACCUUGACUGGGAACAAAAAUAAGAGUAUUGAAUUAGUAUGAAGCAGUGAUUGUCACCAGUCAGUAAAUGAGUGUUUGAUUGCUUUAAGAAUGUGUAUAACCAGUAGGCUGUGGGCAAAAAACGCCUUAACUAAAGAUCACCUGGACAUGUUUAAAUGCCUCACCCAAGGUCACUUAAUUUUUGACAAGUUUUUACUAUGGUAUCUUGGAAUAAUGCCUCCAUUUCUUCCAGGGAGUACAACUGAACCUCCCCCAGUGUAAGGUCGGUCGUACAGAUCAUAGGUUACAAAUCUAGGUGGAUAAGUCCUCCUUUGACCAAGUGAACUAUUGCAGGGUUGGUUCUCAUCCCUGUUCGAAGUAAUGAUAACUCUUGAUUUUAACUGCUUAUUAAUUUGUCUGUUUUUUCAUGGCAUGCAAUUACCUGUGUUUUUUCUUCUUCUUUUGUCAUGAACAGUAACAAAAGCCAUCCUAGUUGAGGAGAACCACUUAGUGUGUCCUGUUCCUGUAUUGAAUGACAUUGAAAGGUAAAUUUGACAACUUAAAAAUGUAACUGGGCAGUCCACAACAAUUUGGCCAGUUGUUAGGAUGGAGUCUUCACAUUUAAGCGAUUGUAUGACAAGAAUGCUGAAUAAAUUAAUGAGUUUUUGGUGAAGUUUCCAUUUGCUUGUGUGCUUAAGAACUAGUUCAAUCAGUAGUAAUGUGAUAUACAUCUAUUUUUAUUCUGUUUUCAGCGUUCUUUUGCUUCAAGUUUCAUUAAACAAUGGAAACACAUUUGUCUCCAGUAAUGUCAAUAUCUCAGCCAAAAACUGCACAAACACAACAAAGCCAGGAAAAGAAAAUGAAGAAGAUGAAGGGAUUCCACCAGAGGUGAGUUAAUAAUUCAUUUUUGAUGAUGAUUUUCUUAAUUCUCAUAAACUGUUUCCUUGUGACAUGUUCACUCAUAACCCUUUCACUGCCAAGAUCUCACUAGUAAUUCUCUUUACUGUCUGGCAUAUAAUUCUUAUGAGGGUAGCUCAGAGAAUUUGUUAUUGAAUCCCCUCAUUAUUUCUGCAUGUUAUCCAAGGUUGUAGCAAUAUUCAGGGUUCGUAAGGGUCCUGAAAGACCUGAAAGGUCCUGGAAUUUUUCUUUUAACAUUUUCUGGGACUGGAAAUUCCUGAAAAAGGGUACAGGUCCUAGAAAGUCCUGGAGAUCUGCUAAACUUAAGCAAUAAAGUUUUCAGAAUUUACUUUAUAAGAAAUGUAUUCAGACCAUAAGGAGAAUUAUUGAUUUUGAAAUCUUGGGAAUGAAAGGGUUUGAGGUGAAAUUUGGAGUCGUGGAAAAAUAAUCUGAGUCCUAGAAAAGUCCCUGAGAUUUGUUUCUGAAAAAGGGAAAGAAACCUGGAUAUUAGAAGGAGAAAUUCUGCCUUGGUCAGUCCUGGGAGUUAAUGCGGGAUAAUGAUAUUCUCCCUUGUUUUAAUUGGCCGUUGCUUGCCGUAGUUUUUUUAUAACAUGGUUUCAUCUUUUUUACAACUGAGUAAGUCACUAAACGAGUCUUUCACAUAAUAUACCUCUUCUGUCAAAUCACUUGUCUCGUUAUUUUAACAGACUGGAAAGAGAAGUAACGUUGCUUUAGCGUUGGUGCUGUUAUUUCUGUUUGCUUUGCUCAUUUUACUGGCUGUGUGGUGGUGUUGGCCUCGCAUCAGGAGAAAGGUGAAAGGUUUUCCUGGUUAAAUAAUUGCGUUAUUAGAUCCAUUUUGAAAUCACUGGUGAUCCUUGCAAUCUAAUUGGCUCUCGUUGCUGCGAUUUAUUCACGAAUCGCACUAUUUUUUUGUACUAAAUCACAUCUUUUUCUUAGCCAAUAAAAAUCUUUAUCAAAACACAACAACCACUCAGAUUUGAACGCUUGUUUAAAGUAACCAAUCAAAUUACAGAGAAAUAAAAGACAACUUUUGUAACUUUUUACAAACCAACUCAGCACUAGAUCAAUAAAAUUGUUUUACAGACUAAACAAUCCUAUAUUUCAGCGACUGAAUUUUGCGAUUUCAAAAUAGAUGUAAUUAAUUGGUAAUCGAAGUUGGUGUCGUGUAAUUUUGGUUUGAAAUCAUCCUUGUGAUUUCAAAUCAAACUCGCGCUACGCGCUCGUUAGAUUUUGAAAUCACGCGUAUUAAUUUAGACCAAAGUGUAUUCCAUUCAGUUCAAUUACCAUUAUUAAUAGCGUGAUUGUGCGGGACGCAGUGGUAUGGUGGUUAGUUCCGAUAGCUUCGGACCCAGAGCCUGUCGGUCAAUAGAGACAAUUGAAAACCACGGGUGACUAAAAAACGGUCGGGGAUUGGGAAAGAAAAUUGUGGAAGAACCCCAUGGGAACUUUCUAGUAUACGGGCUGUUGGUUUGCCUCGGAAUUGGUUAAUUUUGACGGAUGGCAUCGACCAGGGGCGGAUCCAAGGAUUUUUGAUGAGGGUUUGUUGGGGUGGGAGGUGGGGGGAUCUAAAAUUUGAUUUAAAAUACACCGAUUAUUAUUAUUAUUAUUAUUAUUAUUAUUAUUAUUAUUAUUAUUAUUAUUAUUAUUAUUACUAUGAUCAUGAUGAUUAUUAUUAUUUGUUUAUUUUUUUUCUAACACCAGAGCCUUAAUGAGCUAAGAAAUAUUUUGAUGUAAGCAAGUUCUAAAUACUCCAAGUUGAGGAAGAAUAUGCAGGACUGUGGUUAGAAAUAUGUGCGUUUUAGACAAGAAAAAUAUUUACAAGUAUGAUGGGGGAAUCUGGACUCCCAUGCCUUACCCUUGGAUUUACCACUGUUGAUGCCUCGCAUCAGCGUCAAUUACAUUGCUUCACACGUUGCACUCAAAUGGCGGUCAGCUUCGCUUUUGGUUGAUAUUUGUAAACAUUAAGGGGAAGAUCGUGCGUCUGUUUUAUGUGCUUGAUGUAAUUUAUCUUUGCCUUGUUGUGUUCAGCAACCUCGAGAUUAUAAACCAGCUGGCGUAUUAGAACCGAAGGAACCUCCUCUCAGGCCCCCGCCACCAGUGAGACCCCCACCACCAAUGGAGAAAACGGUCAGUAAAGGCGGAUGCGCCAUACACACUUUGGAAGAAUAUAAAACACGAAUGGGCGUAUCUUAUUGGUUAUAAGGAAGAGGAUAAUAAGAAUUUGAUACGAGCAUUGCACUAGUAAAGAACAAGACAUAUGCAGGCGAAUGCUUCUUGCAUCUUCGAAGAUUUUACGAAUGCUAUGCGCUCACUUGAAAUUCACGCCCCACGUUAAUUUUAAAACACUCCACUCCACUUCACUUAAUUUACGCCUGUUUUCCUCAUCAGCCGGGUGGCAGGACAAAAUGGCCGACAGUUAACGCGUCAUUAUACGGCGGAGGAACUGCGGGAGGAAUCGUUCCUGUCAGGGUGAGUGUUAGGCUCCCGUCAGGGUGAAUCAUUUUUUGUCAGUCAUUUGCUAACAGCCGGAAAAAAUAAAGAAGCUUCGUAUAUAUUAGUAAGUUUGUGAGACACGAAUCAAAUUAUUGUUCGGGCUCCGUUAGAGUCAGAACUGAAAAAUGAGACCGCAGACUUCGUGGACGUCGCCUAUUCAUAUUUGCCAUUGAGUAGCAGGUGUAAUGAGGUGUACUGGAUCUGAAAAAACCAGCACUGAAGAGGAAAAUUAUAACUUUAUACAGGUGGACUGGGGCGACAAAGGCUCUACAGAAGCUGGAUCAAAACUAGCACAAGCAAAGGUACCAUAAAUAUUUCUUGCAUAUUUAAUACCUCUUUCGUUUAUUUUUUUGAAGAUUGGAGAAUUUUUAUUUUGAUACAAUACCAAACAUUUCCGCUUCGAUAACUCUGCUUUCAUUGUUUUGUAUUGAAAUCUUAGUUUUCCAAUUUACUCUUUUGGACACAUCUUUGUUUCUUUAAACAACUCGGGUACUUUUCCGUUUCCUCUCGUUUAGCCUUGGGCAAGCCAUAACACCUCGUUGUCCAUACUUAUCAUGCAAUCGUUAUCGGAACUCUGCUCAUUGUCAGUGAGCUUGAAGCUUGGCUGUGGGUGAAUCAUACCAGCCGUGAGUUUGUUAAUAGACCGCUGAUAACUUCAGCUGUCAAUAGACAAGGCACUAAGGCUUGUCAGAGAAGCGAGUGACCACUUGCAGAGUUUAUUUCUUACUGGAAAGAAACCUUCCGUUUCGCAGAUAAAAGGAUGCUGUGUAGUAUGUCAACCAGUGCACUUUUAUCUCAAAAAAAAAAAAAAAUAAAUAAAAACCAUGACGUUUUUUUACCAACAGCCCUUUUACUGUUAUGUUUAAAAAGAUAUGUCAUAAUAGUUUACUGUUGACGCAGUUCUUUGGCUCGUGACGCAGUCUGAAAGAAUGUCUAUCAUCAUGCAAACUUCAUCGAGUGGCGUUUUUGCUGUAGAAGGCAAUAAGGUCAGCUGCCAUAGCAAUCAAAGUAUCGAUCAGCUCAAUGAUCUAAUUAUAAGGGGACUUACGAAGGGCUAACGCUCAAAACGUCAGCUCAAGAAACUCUUUUCAGUGGCCAAUUUCCAUUAUCAACUCAGUUGAUAAAAACCAAAUGAUCUCGUACUACCCCCACCGACGCAGCAUCACAGUUUCUUUAGAGACUUACCCCCCGUAACUCAAUGAUCUGUUUGUUUGGUGAUAGGGAGCAAUCAUUAAAGAUACUGACGACGAUGACACAGAAAACCAAACAUACGUGCCAAAGGGUUCCUCUACUCCAGGUUGUUGGACGGCAGCUAAGGUAAAUAAUUACUCUGACGCUUGAAAUGUCAGCUUUUAAACUCUUUGCGGUGGCCAGUUUACAUUAUCAACUUAGGUGAUAAAACCAAAUUAUCUUGUUAUACUCUCCACUGAUGCAGCACCACAGUUUCUUUAGAAACUUACCUCCUUGUUUGUUUGUCUGAGCUUACGUGUCUAUUUUUCAGUUUGUUUGCUAUCGUAAUGUCAAUAUAAAAGAAAGAAAUUGAUAAACUGUUUUCAACCAACUGAAUAAAAGUGUAAUGUUUCUGUUUUGGAUACAAAUGACAUGGAGAACUCAGCGAAGCUGACGCCGUUUCUGUUGUCCACCUCCAUUCUCCUCUUGGCCCUUGCAGCUUCACUUUUCCGUGGUAUCGUCUUCUCCAAUAUACAAGAAUACAAGCCCGCGUAAUUCCAGCAGUUGUGCUGGCUAAAAUAUCAUAUAGCUUGAAGUGGAAGAUGUCAUUCAGUGAAUGACACAGGCAUACUCGAGUGUUCCCAAUAGGAGUCAAACCUACGACCUUCCGACUGGUACACGGGAUGCUUUAUCACUCAGUUGUAAGAUUAAAAAAAGAAAAUGUAAAAAAGAAAUCAUCAUUGGAUGUUUUUGGCAAAGCAAGAACUUCAUAUUUUUUUCACUGUACGUUUGAUUUCAGGUUAAGGUUAUGGCUGGUGUGGCUGCAGUUUCCGUUGGUUAUCGUCGAGUCGCUUCACACAGGCCACAACCCGGAGGAAAUGUAAGUUGCGUUGACGUUUUUUUUUUCCAUUGUAAAUCUUGUUUAACACGAGUGUUGUUUACCAAAUUGAGAAAACUUAUAAAAUAAAUGAUCAACUUUAGCCAGGGUCCCAUAAAAUUUUGGGGUAAGGCAAAAACUGAUCUUAAGGAAUACAUAUAAAGGGUGAAUCUGAGGUUUUUUUUUGGAGUUCGUGAUAAAUACAAUGUAUGGAAGACUAUCAACAAAAGCAAUUUAAUCUUCCUCUUAGUACACAUCUCAGGUACACAUAAUUUUCUCUGCUAUGUUCGAUAUCAUCGUUACAUUAACUUCAGAAGCUCGGGUAACAGAGUAAAACAAACAAACAAACAAAAAACUAAAAAAAAAACACAAAAUGCUUCCAAAUUCUGGGCUCUAAUGAGAACCUGCUUGUAGGUUGUCCGACUCUCGGGUUCUGUCGUCGUUAACAGCACAUUCCUUUUCAGGACUUCCCUCACCCAUAAGAUCACACAGCAAGACCGUCUGGAAGUCAUGGUUUCAAAACAUUUACUGAAAUACGUUUUUGGUCACCGAAAUGCUUUUUUCAAUCCAGUGAAGAUGAUCUUUUCAAAUAAUUUCUAACUGGGUUUUCGUUGUUCUUUCCGCUGGAAGAUGUUCAAUUAAAAAACUAGAAAUAUUGCCGGAGCAAACGCAUGAAAACUGAACACUUUCUUCGGAAGUGUUCUUGUUAAGAAUUUAAGUCCAAUAAUUACAAGAUAUUUUAUGUUAAUCUGGCCCCGUGACUGCGCUUUACCUGGUAAAGUGCUCAGUGAUAUAAGAGAUGCCAUCAGUCUCUUCCACACCUCCCUCUUCUUCAACACAGCUGUUAAAUCUGAACGGGCUUCACACUGGAACAAAGCAACCAUGGUUAUUAUCUCUGAGAGAACCAUUCAGUCCUGCCGCAGACUCAUGUCUAGGCUUUCUCUUCGCGAGUAGUUUACUGGCGUCGCUGACAAAAGUGUCGAGGGCCCCUCCGAGGUAGCGCUUGUUGCGAGACCUCCUCUUUGCAACUGAAAGUUCGCAACCACAAAAACGUUUGACGCGCUGGGAAUGAGGUUUACCAGUGUGGAUGUAAUCUUCUGACAGUGGUAUACCCUCAAAUAUUGCAACGAAGAACAGCUAGCUACAAACCUUCCAAGGGCACAGUUUGUGACUUCGCUACUGUAGCUCAAAUCUAAGACUUGAAGUGAACGGUAGCGACACUCAGUCAUUGCGUGAAGUACCUCAUCGGUGAUUGCGUGGCCAUAACCACAGCAGCACAACCGCACGAAUCGCAGGAGGUGGCAACGAGUCAGUAUCGAUUUAAGACCAACUUUGCUCAGAUGCCGACACCACGACAGAUCUACUUCGGUUAUCAUCGAAUUCUCCCAGGAAACCGCCUGAACUUCAUUGUCGGAGACGCUCGUACCGUCGAGUACUAACGAUGUCAGCGACGAGCAGCAAUCGAUUAACUUCGACAGACUUUCUCCUCGAAUAUUGUGGCAUCUCCGGAGACACAGUGAUCGAAGAUUCGGACAAUUUUCCGCGAUAAACUGGACUAUUGUAUCUGUCAGUGAAUUACAGUAACUAAACUCUAAUAUUCUAACUUCCUUCAAAGAAGCGAAGAAUCUUCGUUUCUCGCCUUCAGUAUCGAUAACUCCAAAAAUAGAAUCGCUGAGGCCUAGGCACUGCACUUGCUGCACGUUCUGGGUGAUAACUUUGAAUGCAGUUGGAUGUCCCGAGCUGUGCCGAAUAUCCAGCUUUGUUAAAUUCCCUGGAAAGGACUCGUCGCUGACCGUGAAAUCUUCUUCAAAGGACACAGAUCCUAAACAUAGCACUCUUAGUUGUUUGCAGUGCAUGGCCAGAACUUGGAAAACUCUCGGAGACAGAGUGAAACCUCCAAGAUUGAUCUUGAAGAGCAUCGGUACCAUUCGACUUCGAAUGAGCUUGAUCAGGCUGAAUUCGUUAAGCUUGUGGAAACGUUUAAGAUUUACACAUCUCCACAAAGAGCUGUCGUAAGCAAUUACUCUCCAACCCCUGCACGUCCGCGCGACUCGACACAAGUCUGCCUCGCAGAGAAAGCUGAAUAUUACAAGCAGUGUUGUAUCAGGAAAAUCAUGAAUGUGCAUUGUUCAUUUCUUUUUUGGUUAUUCAAAAGAGGCCAUGAUUGUGAAUUGCAGUGUGACUUAAGCGUUUGUUUCCUCUCCCGUUAUAUUUUCACAGUUUAAUCACGUCAUAAUAGAACUGUUUUAAAUGGAAGGCAUCGUCACAAAUUAAGAAUUCUUAAUUUAAAAUUAGUCUGGGAAAAGCGAUUGUCAAUUUUUCUGCGAGAGCCACAUUCAUAGGAAAAAUUUAGUUCGCUACUGUCGUCGAUGCCUUUGCUUAACAUUCACUACUAUCAUUGUAAUUUUGUUUUGUUUGCUCCAGUUUUUUUUGCAUGCUUUUGUCCAUCAACAUGAGCCCGCUUGGUAACACAGCGGUCAAACGUAGGGCAUGCGCAAGGGGAUCAACUUUGGUCGGCCGCGCGCCGACUUGGUUCUUACAGACUGAAAGCACGUCAUUACAACGUUUGCGCAUUUUGCAUGUGAAAACGUUUGACCGCUUUGUUUCGUUUGGUAUUAAGUAUUAACACAAAUGGAACUUUUUUUUUUAUAAAUUCUGAUCUAUUUGUAUUCGCAUUCUUUAUCAAUUAUGAGAACCCCUUGUUUGUGUGUUAUGGUUUCAAGAGAGUAUUAGAUCCACAAUAACAGUUUUGUCUUCUUUGCUUCUGCAGUGGCUGUACUCCUCCAACCCAGCUGUGUGAUUGACAUGGACGAAGAAUUGUUUGUAGUGUUGUAAUACUACAUAAGCAUUUAACAAUCUAGAGCGUUUCGAUGAGGUUAACCGUUAGUCGUUAAACAUCAAUUUUUAAACCUUUCAUGGUGGGGUUCACACAAAAGCUCCGAGUCAGACGACACAUAUGCCCACACUUUCUCAUCGACGUAUUUUGAUUUUAAUACUAUACAAUACCUGGCUCUAAAUUGUCUCAAACAGCCUCAGUUGUCUUUUAGACACAAAACAUUGACGGCUGCCUAUACAUGCACGUAGAGAUCGAUUGUUGUGCUCUAAAGUGUCCUUAAUUGUCGUGUCAACAUCAUGUACCUCGUGUGAACACCAUUCCGCUUAAGCACUUCUCCCAUGAAUUCAGUUCAAUUUGCAUUCUAAACACAAUCAUAUCUUACAUUUUGCCACACCAGCUUAAAAUCAAACGAACGCAUAUAUCGAGAGAACAUUUUAAUUUAGCGUGGCUUUAUAUUCAAUUUGAAAAAUAAUUGAUAAUCUUCAAGAACCGUAAAAUUUCUUUAGACUGCAAGAUCACAUUUGGCUGAUCGCCACUCAGCCAAAAAUCUGCGAGUAUUUAUUUUUCAAGCCUUUUCUGGUCAAGUUCGCUUAUUUCCCGUAAUAGAUAAUCGAUAAAGUGGUGAGGCCACUAAUUCCUAUAUUCAAAGGUUGAGAAGUCUAUAUCUAACUCGUAAUAUUUGUAGCAGUUGUGUGGCGUACUUCAAAGUAGAAUGUGUUAUUUUAUUCCCGUGCUAUUUAGUGCGCAUGACAUCUAUUGUUCAAUUGCGAUUAGAAGACCUUCAGGGAGAAGGGUUGGCGAAAUACAAACGAAAGAUCACUGGAUGAGAAAAUUGACUUAAAAAUUAAAUUAAAAGAAAAUUUAAUUUUUCUCAUCUAUAUUUUCCACUUCUCCAAGUGUGGAGUUUGACUCAGUAUCAAACCCUUUCUCACCAAAGUUGAGGAAAAUUUUAAUUAGUGUACAGCUAGGUUUCAUAGGGAACAAACACUAAAUUUAUUUACAGUAACACAACUGAACAAACUUGUUCUUCUUGGAAGCGAAUAGAGGUUCUACUCAUUUUCGAACCAAAUUAUAUACUCAUGCGAUGGUUUUGAUAGAUAUUGAACUUAAUCAGAGGCAGCCUUCUUAGCAAGAGUAGAAAAAGGAUAUUGUGCGUGCUCAUUAUUUUAUUGCUUUUGUCGACAUUUACUUCUCGAGUUUGUUUUCAUCUGUCGAGUAGGGGUUAAGGGACGUGUUCAGACAAAUCCAGGUACCCACCCGAUUCGACAAAGACAAAGAGCGUUCUAUAUAUAAUAUAAUAAAAUUUAGAGAAAGCG